AUAAAAGAUAAUAAUAAUAUAAUUUAAAUAAUAUUCUAUUAAUAGUAAUCUAUAUAAUAAAUUUCUAUUUAAUAAAACAAAUAAAUUUUGUGUUUGGAAAAAAUAAAAAAUAAAAAAUAAUUUAUUAAUAUAUUUAAUUUAAAUUAAAGUUGUAAAAAUAAAAUCGAGAAAUCAAAAGAAAACAAAAAAGGUAAACUAUAAUUUGCUUAUAUAUAGUUUUAAAAAAUGGAAAGUUUAAGCGGAAACAGCGAAGAGCCAGAGUAUUUCAGAGCAAGCAAUAAUAAUAAUAAUAAUACAAACAACAACAAUAAUAAUGAAGAUAAUAUAGAAGAAAAUAAUUAUCAUAAUAAUGAAAAUGAUAAUAAUACUAAUGAUGACAAUAAUAAUGAAAAUGGUAUUGUUAUGAAUACAAUAGAUAUUUCAAAUAACAACAAUAAUAGUUCAUUGGAUAAUAAUACUAAUCAAUUUAAUAAUAAUGAUAAUAGUAAUAAAAAAUUAAAUAAAUCAACAUUAAAAAAUAAAGUUGACUUUUCAUUUAAAGAUAUUAAUCAUUAUGUUACAACUGUAACCAAAACUGAAAAAGGAAGAAAAAAAAUAUCAAAACAAAUUUUAACCAAUAUCAAUGGUCAUGUAAAAUCAGGUGAAAUGAUUUCAAUUAUGGGUCCAAGUGGUGCCGGUAAAACUACACUAUUGGAUAUUUUAGCACAUCGUUUACCAAUUAAUGGUAGCGGUACAAUUUAUUUAAAUGGCAAUAAAUCGAAUUUCCAAAUCUUUAAGAAACUUUGUGGAUAUGUAACUCAACAUGACUCUUUAACUCCAUCAAUGACUGUUAGAGAGACUUUAAAUUUUUAUGCACAAUUAAAAAUGCCAAGAAGUACAACAAUGGAAGAGAAAUUACAAAGAGUCCAAGAUGUCAUCACUGAAAUGGGUUUAAAACGUUGUUCAGAAACCUUAGUAGGUACUGCCGAUAGUAAGAUUAGAGGUAUUAGUGGUGGUGAAAGAAGAAGAGUUACAAUUGCAAUAGAGUUGUUAACAGGUCCAUCAAUUUUAUUCCUUGAUGAGCCAACAUCAGGUUUAGACGCUAGUACUGCAUAUUCGGUAAUGCGUGCAAUUAGAAAAUUAGCUAAAUCAGGUAGAAGUGUAAUUUGUACUAUCCAUCAACCUCGUUCAAAUAUUUAUGAUAUGUUUGAUAGAUUAUUGUUAUUAGGUGAAGGAAAUGUCAUAUAUUGUGGUGAUACCACAAAAGCGGUCGAUUAUUUUAGUCGUUAUGGAUAUCAAUGUGGUGACUUGACCAAUCCAGCAGAUUUCUUUAUGGAUUUAAUUAACUUACAGGUUGAGGAUCAAAUAGAUUCAGAUGAUGAAGAUGAAUAUGACGAAGAAGAGAAUUUAGAAAUUGCAACACCCUCAUCAUCGACAUCUCCAGUAUUAAGCGGUGUGCCUAAAGCAAAAAUAAGAAAAAACAAAAAACUAACAACUGAAGAGAUUGGAGUAUUGAAAAAAGAAUAUCCACAGUCUGACGAAGGUGUAAUGAUCGCCCAAACAUUAGACACAAUCUCUAAAGAAAAUAGAAAUGAUUUCAAGUAUGAAAAGAUCGAAGGACCAACCUUCUUCACUCAAUUUAGACUAUUAUUAUAUCGUGAAGUGUUAAAUGCAAGAAGACAUCCAUUGGCAUUCAAAGUUCAAUUGUUCCAAGCAAUGUUCCAAGGUUUACUUUGUGGUGUAGUUUACUAUCAAUUGGGUGUAGGUCAAUCAAGUGUUCAAUCAAGAACUGGUGUUUUAGCUUUCGUUGUUAUGGGUAUUAGUUUUCCCUUCACAAUGACUACUAUUCAUGUGUUUCCAGAUGUUAUUACAAUUUUCCUUAAAGAUAGAGCGUCUGGUGUGUAUAAUACCUUGCCAUUCUUUUUAGCAAAGUCAUUUAUCGAUAUGUGUAACGCUAUUUGUUUGCCUGUUAUCACUGGUACUAUUGUUUAUUGGAUGUGUAAUGAAAGAGUUUAUCCAUUUUAUGCUGCCGCUCCAUUCUUCCGUUUCCUUUUAGUAUUGGUAAUGAAUGCACAAACUGCUCUAUCAUUGGGUGUAUUAAUUAGUUCAUCUGUACCAAAUGUCCAAGUGGGUACAGCAGUUGCUCCUUUAGUUGUUAUUCUUUUCUUCUUAUUCAGUGGUUUCUUCAUUAAUCUUAAUGAUGUACCAGGUUGGUUAGUAUGGUUCCCAUAUAUCUCUUUCUUUAAAUACAUUAUUGAAAGUGCUGUAAUUAAUGGCUUUGAGAAUGUAGAAUUUACAUGUACAGAGAGUCAAAAAAUAGGUGGUCAAUGUCCAAAUCAAUAUGGUAACGAAAUUAUUAAAAAUAUGGGUUAUGAUGUAGAUCAUUUUUGGAGAAAUAUCUGGAUUUUAGCAAUUUAUAUAAUUGGUUUUAGAACUAUUACAUUUUUAGUUUUAAGAUUAAAAUCAAGAGAUAAAUUUACACAAAAUAAUAAAUAAAUAAAAUAAAUAAGUAAAUAUAAACAAAAUUAAAUAAAAAAAAGUGAAUAAUAAUAAUUUUAUUAUAUCACAUUAUAAAUAC